UGCGUCCUGCUAUUACUUCACUCCUUCCACCCUGCCUUUCGGGUGUUCGGACGCCACUGAGCAGCUUUCCCGCUGUUGCAGAAACAGUCUAGGUCUAGGACCAUGCCGGGCCUGCUGCUAGGAGAUGAGGCGCCUAAUUUCCAGGCUGAUACUACGCACGGUCCCAUCCGCUUCCACGAAUUUCUGGGAGACUCAUGGGGCAUCCUCUUCUCUCAUCCAAGGGACUUUACUCCAGUGUGUACCACAGAACUUGGUCGAGCAGCAAAACUAGCACCAGAAUUUGCCAAGCGCAAUGUUAAGUUAAUAGCCCUCUCUAUUGAUGAUGUCAGUGACCAUCUCGCUUGGUGCAAGGACAUCAGUGCCUACAACAGUGACAAGUCUAUUGACAAACUCCCUUUUCCAAUAAUUGCUGAUUCAAAACGGGAACUUUCAGUCCAACUUGGCAUGCUGGAUCCAGAUGAGAUAGACAAAGAUGGAAUGCCUUUGACUGCUCGUGUGGUAUUUGUUUUUGGCCCGGAUAAGAAGCUGAAACUCUCUAUCCUCUACCCAGCAACCACUGGCAGAAACUUUGAUGAGAUUCUAAGAGUUGUUGAUUCCUUGAAAUUAACAGCUGCUAAGAAAGUUGCUACACCUGUUGACUGGAAGCCUGGAGACCAGGUCAUGGUUAUUCCAAGCUUAUCAGAUGAAGAAGCCAAAAAGCUCUUUCCAGGAGGGAUUUGCACUAAGCAACUUCCAUCGGGCAAGAAUUAUCUUCGUUAUACCUCUCCAUAGCAAUUGUGAAGUGAAAUCAUAUGAACAGAAUGCUGAUCGCUGGGACUUUGCAGGACUGGUUGCUUUAAAUGUGUAGCAAAAGGGAAACAAAGUAUCUAUUAAUGUCUUUUAACCCAUUGAUUGGUGUAGCUUCAGUUAAUCGGUUUAGGCUUGUUUUGUUCAAA